AUGACUCUUUCAGAAUCUGCUAACGAAGAUUUGCCUCUAGUUACUUGCGUGGCAAGGGCUAGAAUCCCCACCACAACAGGUCCAGAUAUUUUUCUACAUCUAUAUGCAAACAACCGAGACAACAAGGAACACCUGGCGAUUGUCUUUGGUGAAGACAUACGGUCCAGGACACUGUUUCGUCGUAGGAGGGGCGAGACGCAACAGGAAAGGAUGGUUAGAGGCGCAUAUGUCGGACGGCUAUUUCCUGGCCGAACUUUAGCAGAUACAGACGAAAAUUUGGGUCUAAGUCUGCAGUUCGACGAGGCAACCGGGGCUUUAAAAGCAGACCAUGCGACAACUUGGCACAAACAGGACACGUUAGUGCGUAUCCACUCAGAAUGUUACACUGGGGAGACGGCGUGGAGUGCACGGUGCGACUGCGGAGAACAAUUCGACCACGCGGGGAGACUUAUGGGUUUGAACCGCGAAGGAGAUAUCAUUGGCGGUGCCGGUCACGGCGUGAUAGUUUAUCUCAGACAAGAGGGCCGUGGGAUCGGGCUGGGGGAGAAAUUGAAAGCAUAUAACCUCCAGGACCUGGGCGCAGACACUGUACAGGCGAAUCUGAUGCUGAAGCAUCCCGCGGAUGGCCGCGACUUUUCCCUUGGCCGUGCCAUUUUGAUCGAUCUGGGUAUCGAAAGCGUACGUUUGUUGACAAAUAACCCCGACAAAAUGGCUCAGGUCGAAUAUCCACCACAUUUGCACUGCGUUGAAAGGGUACCCAUGAUUCCGCUGUCGUGGGUCAACGAUCAUGAGGGUAUUCAUUCCUUUGAAAUCGAGGGAUAUCUGAGGACGAAAGUGGAACGGAUGGGACACUUAUUACAGAAGCCUCUCAAGCUUCAUUCCGCUUCCAAGCAAAACAACUCUACAACAGUGACCACACACACCAUUGUGUAA